AUGAAUAGUAAUAAUUUAGAUAAUAAUUUUUAUGAAUACUAUUUAAAUAAUAAUAACAAAAACAAUAUAAAUUAUAAUGAUGAUUAUAAAAAUAAUAAAUUUUGUUCCCCAUCAUUACUAUCAAAUCUUCUACAACAAACUGGUUUAAAUGAUAACAAUAAAAAUAGUAGCAAUAUUAAUAACAGUAACAAUAUUACAAAUAAUAUUAUUAAUAAUAAUAAUAAUAAUAAUAAUAAUAAUAAUAAUAACAAUAAUAUUCAAACAAUGCCUCCUACAGUUUCAAAUUCACAAUCUCCACCUUCUCCAUCACAACCAGCUCAACGUUUACCACGUAAGCGUAUGUUUCAAACCCCAGUGUUUUUUGUAGAUAGUGAUUCAAUUUUAAUCGAUAAAAAAGAUGUUCAAUUAAAAAAAUCAAUUCACUUUUACAAAAAUUAUAUGUUAAUCCACAGUAAAGAUAAUAAAUUAAAAGUAGUUCUCCCAUACAAGUAUAUUGGUCAAAUAGAGAUCCUUAAAGAUACAAAUACCUUCAGUUUUUCAUUUCACACUGUUGGUGGUAAUUUAAAGUAUCCUCCAUGUCACUACGAAAUCCACUCAAUUAAAUUAAUACUUUUAGAACAAUUUAAAAAAGAUUUAAUUAAUUUAGCCAAUUUAACUAAAUAUGUAGAGAUUUCAAAACAUAAUAACGAACAUAGUGUCAAAAUUUCAGCUCAUCAAAAUAACAAUAAUGAUACAAAUAAUAAUAGCUAUAAUAAAAAUCAAAUAGUUCCAUCAUCACCAUCAUUCUCUUUACCUUCUUCACCAUUAUCUUGCUCAUCACCAGAUGUAUCAAUAAACUCAUCAGUAUCAUCGCCACCAUCAUUCUACAGUCCACAAGUAUAUAAUAAAUCAGAUGGUGUUUUUUUAACUCCAACUCAACCAAAGGCCAUUUACUCUCAAUUUAAACCAAACGAAACUUUUAAUGGUGACUUUAAUGAAAAACCAGAAGAAAAAUAUUUAAUGGGUUUGCAAAAUCAACAAAAUCAACAAAUAAUACUAUCAAAUCAAAAUAACAUCGAUGUUAGUGUUUUUCAUCAUAUUAUGUCAUAUAAGAAUCAACAACAGCAACAACAGCAACAACAGCAACAACAGCAACAACAGCAACAACAAAAAAUUUAUUCACAACCACAUAAACAAAAUGAUGUUUUUGAAUUUGGAGGCCAAGGUAUUCAAGAAGUUCCACAAUCACCACACCAAUAUAAAAAUAACUUCAAUAAUAGUAAUAUAAUUAUUGAUAAUAUUAGUACCAAGAAUAGUAAUAAUUUUGAUUAUGAUAAUAAAAUUAAUUAUAAUAGUAGCAAUAAUUUAUUAUUACAAUUUAAUAAUUCUGCACAAUCAACUUCAAAUAAUAAUAACAAUCAAAUUAUUAUUAAUAGCUCUCAAAAACCAUCACAAUAUUUUUCAUCAAAAAAUAAUAAUAACAUUAAUAGUAAUUAUUCAAUGUCAGUACCUGAUGUUGGAAUAAUUGGAUCAUAUAAUAAUACCCAUAAUAAUUUCAAUAGCAAUAGUACUGUUUUUUCAAAUAAUAAUAAUUUUAUUAAUAAAAACAUGAUGAAUAAUAAUAAUUUCGAUGGUUUCAAUAAUAACCCAAGAUGUAAUUUUAAUAACAAUAAUAGUGUUAAUAAUCUUAAUAAUAACAAUAUCAGUAAUAAAUUUAACAAUAAUAAUAAUAGUACAUUUUUUGAUAGAUAUGGAUAUAAUUUCAACAAUUCUAUUGGUAGUAAUCAAUCAUUAUUGGUAAAUUCAUCCUUAAAACCACAAAACGGAGAAAAUAUUGGAAGUAAAGUAUAUCAAAGAAGUGAACUCUUUGAUAGAAACUUUAAUAAUCAAAAUAUCUCAGCACCAAACCAACAGCAAAAGUUUAAUAAUAACCAACCAUUAAACCAACAAAAACAACCUCAACCACAAUACCAACCUAAUUUAGAUAUUUUAUCAUCAAUGAAGUUUGAUACAAUUUGGUAA